GCAAGGCUCUGCUUCAAUAGCUUAGGGUUAUAUUCAUGAUGAAGACUACCUGCAAAGAAAUGACGCAAAUGUGCGUUGAGAUAUUCUAUAUAAUUCCUAAUCUUCCUGAAAUCGUUCAAUCUAAAUCUUGACCGGCAACAAGAUGACAUCUCUCAAGGUUUUCGGAGGCGCGCUAGCUUUGCUGGUUGUAUUUAUGCUGGCCGAUCCGAGUCAACAGGCAGUUGUCAGCUACACUGUAGGCGACUUCUCUUCAAGCUUGAUGCCCGACGGAAAAUGUGGCAUAAUCACGAAUUGGCGCAAUAGGACCAACUUCCCAAACCACUUUUAUAGUUUCACCGAGGAUUGCGCCAGUUCUUCUCAGACGAUAUGUGAGAUGAAAGUACCUCUUUCGGGAUCAUGCCCUUUAAAUUUCAAUGACUUGUUGUAUGAUGGCAGUUGCUACAAAAUGAAAGUAGGCUGGCGCAAGCACGACUACUCCAACGGGUUGUGCCGUCACCUCAAUCCCGAUGGAAGACUGCUUUGCAUAAGUUCUCAAGCAGAGUUUGAUGCAGUCGGCAUAUGGAUAGCAAAGUCCGGAAAAACUACAUGCGGUUUAACGGCCGAAUUUACCCAGGGAAACACCGAGCCCCCGGCACCAGCGAAAUAGACGGAUUGAUGUAAAGAUCGAAUUCGACAUAACCGUAGUUUGAUUCACAACGAAAUUCCAAUUAAAGUGCACAAAGGACAUAUGAUAAAACAUUUUUCCUUUUUAAUAUCCUAUUCGCUAAAUUGAAAAUGAUUGAUGAAAUCAAGACAAGAAAAGACACUAGCCUAGUAUAAGAAAGAAAAGAAAAAACACAUAACGUGAUUCUACCUUAAGUAAUUUUCUUAACCUGGUUCACAUUUGCUGAAUUGCUACAUUUUAUUUUACUGCAUUGCACAGUCGUAUUGGAAUCAUAAAGUUAAAUGAUAGAAUAAAAUUGCACGUUGACACAAAACUAUUGUUUCUUUUUAUCAUAAG